AUGGAACCUAACACCGUGAUCGAUGAAGGACUUGAAAAGUAUGGUGACCUAUCACGAAGAGAAAAAUUACUGCUUCUUCGGCUUUAUUGCCACAUCCCGGAAGAUCUGGAACAGUAUUUUAAAGCAGUUUUCGGGGACAGUGGGCUACACCACACUCAUGCUUAUCAUUACUUCAAGAAAAGAAUCAUGGAUAACACGGAUUGGUCCCAGCCUGGCAAGAUGGUUGUCACUUAUAGAUCAUCACCAUUAACUCUCAAGCAGUGGGAUGCUCGCUUUGUGUAUGAGCAACUGGAUAAUGGCAAAAUAGCUUUUGGAAUCUCCAGAAGUCCAUUUUCAAAAGAAUUCCUGAAAAAACGCGGUCACCUAUACCGCAUGGUAGCGAUGAUGUGGAUGACUACACUUUCCUUUGCGGCAUUCCACGCAAAAAUGAGCAAACAUCUAUCCUGGAACUGCGUGAGCCCCCUCCAAAGAAAAGUAGUGACAGCAGAGACACCGAAGUUUCACAACGAGAGAUUACUGAAAAGAUUGUACCAUCAUCAGGCGCUGCCAGUAAAUCAUAUCAGCCAUCUCUUGUCAACUCUAAGGCUAGUGCUGCUUCUUCCAAAGGACUCUCAUUCUGGCUCCAGAGAACUACCAUUUUCUAUAGCUAGCAUUCUUCAAAAACCGAAUUCCAAUAUGAAAUGCGGAAUUGGAAGUGCUUUCAAACCAUAUGUUGCUGGGCAAAUGCCAAAUUGUUCAAAUCUGCUUUCAACGGCUCCAUAUCCUGUUCUACCAUGCGGAUUGAACUGGAGUUGUGAUCAUCCAUUUCCUUUCUUCACAGCUGGCAACAACCCCUUUUGCACAAUUGUUCCAAACUCAUGCGGGCAUAAAAAUGACUUCAUCCUGGGGAAUUCCGCUGGUGCUGUCAACUCGAAUGAUCACCAUAAGAAGCAGACUACCGCAGGCACUCAUCCAUGUUCCAUGGUGAGUGAAGUGUUACCGCCCUUCCACACCAGAACUCCAAAUUCACAUUUGAGCAACUUAAACGAGGAGUCGCAGCUGUCGCCCACUCUAAAGGAUGUGACUGUUAGCCACGAAGGCACUGAGGAAAGCUGUGAUGACCCAAUGUUUGUAAAUGAAAACGACUCAGCUUUGAAUAUCCAGCCUCCAGCCGUCAUUUCUCUACCAUCUAUUCUUGUGAGUACACUUGCAAUGUUUCGAUCUAAUAAUUGA